UUUAGGUACUGUUUCUAUAUCACUACCAGUUUAUAAAACACCCCGUUCUUAAAUAUGCUCAGUGUACACCAUAUAUACCUCCAUAAUGCUUGCAUAAAGUUAUAAAACAAUGGAAAGAGCACUCGUGUUGUUAAUAACCUGGUUUGUUUUAGUUGCAGCCCAAAAUACCAAACAACCGGUAAGAGAAGGCAACGACCUAUUUGUAUUCUGCGAUGGAGAGAGAUCACCACAGACUUCAGUAUACUGGGAAAGUUCAAAUUUACAGUAUCACCAGGAUGGUCCGAGUCUAACCAUCAACCACAUCACGCGGAAUUCUGCAGACGACUACGAGUGUUUUGAGAUUGACCAUUCUACAAAUGCAACGAAGAAGAUAUUUGAAGCAUCUGUAGAUGUGACUUAUCCAGCUAACAUCCUAGAAAACAAACUUGUAAAAGAUACUUUAGUUGAAAAUGAGACAUUUUCUACAGAAAUUAUUGUGGAGGGGAACCCUUUCCCGGACGUGAAGUUAGUGCAGAUGAGUAACAGUGCACUUGCAUACCAGUCAGUCAACAACCAAGGAAAAUUAAGCAUCAGCUUUGUAGUGCAUUGCAACAACAUGGACAGAUAUCUACUGACAUGUUCUAAUGAGUUAAACUACGACCAUUUGUAUUUUAAUAUAACAGUUCUAUGUGUUCCCAGACCCGACCCGAAAAAAGCUAUCAGCUACAUACAAAAACCACGUGUAGGACAAUAUGUGAAGCUGGAGAUGUUUGCCACUGGUUACCCGCCUCCUAAUUACACCUGGUACCAUAAUGACACUGUAAUAGAACAUGUUGACUCCGGAUAUACCUCCUUCGUCAAUCUCCAGAGCAUGAAAGUCGACGACUUUGGAAAUUAUACCGUUACGAUGAGUAAUUCGGUCGGCGAAAACAUAUACCAGUACUGGAUAGAAGCUGAUGGUCCACCUGAUAGUGCAACAGAUCUUCAGGCAGGAACGAUAACCACUACCAGCGCGAUAUUGUCUUGGCUUCCCGGCUUUGACUAUGGCAACAAACAGACAUUCACUAUCAUUAUGACACAAAACGGCGAAAAACAAGAAUUGGACACGGUAACAUUGGAAGACCACAGCUUAGAUCGUGUAACCCACACUAUUUCGAACCUAAACCCAGCCACAACAUACGACAUGGAGAUCAAAUCCAGUAACAGAAAAGGAGAAGCUUCAAAUCUAUCCAAUAAGGUUCAGUUUAACACACCAGCUGUCCCGCCACCAGAACCGCCGUCACCAUCAGAAGCAAGCAUGCCAUAUCCACUGAGUUUGAGAAAUUUGUUACUACCAGUACUUAUCGCGCUACUUGAAAUUUAAGACAUUUGAGAACUUAUGUAAUAUAUUGGCCGAUUUUAGAUGAACAGUUUAAAACGUGCAAUUACUGAACUUUAGUAAUGUGCAUUUCAUUUGACCUACGGGGCGGGGAAUUAAUCCCUGACUUAAUAAUGAUAAUUUCAAAAAACGAGCAAAAUAGGUAGAGAGUAGUAUUAGAAUUACCGAAGCGAGCUCAAUCUGACCCCCCUGACCUUUUGACCCCUCGGUCCAGACUGACCAAUGCCGGACAAUUUGAAAUCCACAGGUUUUAAACCCAAUUAAAAGUUUUUAAAGUUAAAUUUAAAUACAUAUGAUAUAGAUGAGUUUACAGAAUAAAAUAUAUUGUUUGAAAGAAAGAAGAUUUACUGAUAAUAUAAACCCCCAUUAUGUUAUAACAAAAAAUGGGAGAAAAAUGAUAAAAGCUACCUGUUCAUCUUGUGGAAAGAUGAAAUCAAAGUUUGUUAAAAGUACAGGGGGUAAUUUAGAUAUUCAUAAAGCAAUGUUACCUUUAUUACCUAAAAAAGGUUUAACACUUCCAGGAUAUAACUAUUGUGGACCAGGAAAUCCUUUAGAUAACGGACCUCCUGUC